GCCCGAGCCCGAGCGCAGUGGCCUCCGAGCGGGAACCGGACUGGGAGCCGGAGCCGGAGCCGGAGCGGGAACCCGAGCUGGAGCCGAAGCUGGAGCCGGCACUGCAGCGCACGGAGCGGAGCGCUGCAGCAAAGCCGAGUGAGUGGAGGGGCCUUCCCUGCGAGAAGUCAGAGCUGUGCCCGUGGGCAGGCUGGCUCCGCUGUUCUGCUCCAAGGAUUACAUGUCCUUCAAACGUCCCUGCCCCUUAGCACGAUACAACCGCACCAGCUACUUCUACCCCACAUUCUCAGAGAGCUCGGAGCACAGCCAUCUGCUCGUGUCCCCCGUGCUGGUGGCGAGUGCCGUCAUAGGUGUGGUCAUCAUCCUCUCCUGCAUCACCAUCAUUGUGGGCAGCAUCCGCAGGGACAGGCAGGCCCGGCUUCAGCGGCACCGCCACCGCCACCACCGCCACCACCACCACCACCAUCACCACCACCGGCGUCGACACCGAGAGUACGAGCACGGCUACGUGUCGGACGGGCACACAUACAGCCGCUCAAGCCACAGGAUGCGCUAUGCCUGCAGCUCCUCAGAGGACUGGCCCCCACCCUUGGACAUCAGCUCUGACGGGGACAUGGAUGCCACGGUGCUCAGGGAGCUGUACCCAGAUUCUCCACCAGGAGUCUCACUCAGUUGCCUAGGCUGGAGUGCAAUGAUGUACACUGGGAGCUUUACCUACUGGAUGCAAUCUGUGCUUUCCAGACACAAACUGGACACCAUCCUGGGCAGGCUGGGCUACACAGCCACCUUGGAGUCUGAGUUCUCACUGGUCCAGGCCAUCAGCAAAGAGGACGUCAAGCAGAUGGUGUUCGAGAUCUUCCUGGUGAGGGUCUCAUGUGAAGCUGUUGUCAGAACCACGGGCACAUGGAUGCUUGAGCCGGGCACAGAGAAACUCGCGGGGACCCACAGCAGGCACAGCUCAGAGAAAAGGCUGGUGAAGCCCUGCAGCUGCCUCGAGGGGGUCCAGCCAGGCCCAGGUUCCGGGGGACCACAGCAAGGUCCCUCAGAAGGGGUGGGGUCCGAGAGGGCCCUGGCAGAGGGCACUGCUGACCAGAGAUCUCUGCCCAUGGCUCUGAGCCCAUCUGAGGUCUCAACAGCCCCCAACAGCCUCCCCAGUGGCUCCCCAGUCCUCUAGGGCCCCCAGUGCCACAGCAGCACAUGCCUGGACAGUGAGGAGGUCCUGCCUUGCUUCAGUGAUCCUGUCUUACACUGGAUGCCCUGGUUUCCCAAGGACAUUUUCCUGAGAAGCCUAAAGGGAAACCAACUCCCAGGCCCCGCCCUGGCCCCUGGCCCUUCAUCGGGUGAGGUGGUCACUGCCUCAGGGUGCAGCAGGGGGCAGCCCCUGGUCUCGGGUGCAGUUCCUGAGAGCAGAGAAGUCACCAUUCUCAGCCAGCUCUGCCCAACACCAGGUCCCCAAUCUCCAGGGCAGUCCUUAGACCGGAAGCCAGAAGCAUAGCUGGAGCUGGCCAGCCCCAGAAUAGACGCCGCACCUCCCAGCACCUCUUCCGAGAGGAAUGAGCUCUGUGAGUGCUCCCUCACCUUCUUGGCCCCUCAACUCCUGCAGGCCAUCCUAGAGGCAUCCCGCGCCCUGAGGUGGAGGAAGAUGGACAACUAGGGCCUCUUGUGGGGCCAGAGCCAACUGGUGAUGAUGGCAGCCCAGAAAGUGGAGUCAUUCCAUUCUGGAGGUCUACCCAGGCUCCCCUGAAUGGAUGAGAGCCCCCCAGCACCCACUAGACCCCCCAGUGGGGGCCAGUGGCACCAGUCCCCACCCAAAGACACCAUCCCAGCAAUAGCUGAGGGAGUAAUCUCUCGCUGGUACAGGGCAGGCACCCUGAAUAAGCAAAUCGCUCUCACUGUGAUGUCCACCACGAGGUGACUGCUGGGAGAGGUGCUAGACCUGGGAUCAGGGCACAGGAGGAGAAGCAGGGCACGGGGGAAGAGUGGCCAAACCUAUGGCUUGCUUGUGAGGCAUAGGAGCCCAUCUGCUAACCCCAAAAGGUCUCGAAUUCCAGCCCUGCCAUCGAUGGCUUAUGUGACCUUGGGCAACUCACCCCACCUCUCUGAGCCUCGUUUUCCUCAUCUGUAAAGUGACUAUGGUCAGACCUCCUUCCCAGGAGGUUGGGAAGAGUUAGCGAGGUGAGGUGUGCUCAGUGCCCAUCAGAGACCGACCCAGAGAAGGACCCCUCCCUUUAGGCUUUCUGUCCCCUUCAUGUCCCAGCUCAGUUGUGUGACCCUGGAUAAGUCAUCCUGCAGCUCUGAGUAGCCGCUUCCCUCAGCAACCUUCAGACCCAUUUCACCUGUCACAGUGCAAAUAAAGAGGGCAGAGAUGUGUAGACAACUGGAUGUGUAGCAUACCCUUAAUCCAUCUAGGAUCCACUAUUGCCCUCCCUUUUUUUUCGGCUAAUUUGUUGGGAGCUCAGGGUCAACUCUCAUGCCUGCUCCCCAUCCAGGAGUGGGGGCACCCCCUCCACCUGCCAUCUCCUGCCCCUUUAUGUACACAUAUACAUGCACAUGUGCAUGCAAGUAGGUACAUUCAGGCAUGGCACAUGCCCAUACACACGCCCUUAGUCAUUCCUCUUUGGGAUCCCAACGGAGGGCAUCCUCCUCCAACCAGGGGCUUCUCUAUGUGGUGGCAGGUGUCACUAACCCAGGGACGGCCUCUCGGGCUUCCCAUCUGUGAAAUGGGAAAAAUUAAAUAGGUGAAGGUCCCUUCAGGGUGCAAAGCAGGUGCUUAAUAAUUGUUGGUACCUGCCUUUGCUCUCCCUAAAACUGAGCAUAUAACCACACCACUUUCAGUCCUUAAGACCGGGGGGUGGUGCUCAGGCUGGAAGGAUUUUAAAAGCUUUGGCUCCACCUCCAUCCAAGUUAGAGACAGCAGUCCACUAAGACAGCCCCUACACAGGGUUUUUGAGACACAAAUCAGGAAGCAGUAUGCACUGGGCAGCACAGGGCACACUGGUUAUCAUCCACUCAUCCAUCCAACCAUCCA